GCUGUGGCCUGCAGAGCUCUCUGCCUCUGCUGCUGCUGCUGCUGCUGAUGCUGCUGUGAGAUUGAGGAGCUGCUGAGGCUCAGGCUUUGCUUGCACUGGACCCAAACUGCUGCUGAGGAUUUUCUUACCAAGGUGGGAUGCCUGGCUAUUGCACUUGGCUUUAAGGGACCUAUUACUUCUUCUACCAGGACAAGGGUGUUAAAAAAAAAUCCAAAACAACCACAACCUGGAAUAAGAGAAGAAGGAAUCAUUUAAUGCAACAAGAGGAUGAGAGUGUGAAGACAGGGCAGCGCAGAGAAGGUGAUGAAUCUUCUUGAAAACAUUCAGAAUACUGUGAAAUCAUUAUAUAAGUGAAGUCGUCAUGGUGAGCGUGAUGUGGAGAUUCUUCUAGAAGAAAUGUGCGCUCUUCCCCAGAGUCUCCCGAGCACCGUGUGACAUCACCAUGAGCCAAAGAAGAAAGUGAGAGAGGAUUGGAGCCGUCUGCUUUACUGCCGCACAUCACAGACACAAUGAUUCACUAUGGGGAAGCUCUUGAAGGAUGUGAGCGCGGUAUGUGAUUCGGAGAGUCGCGUCUGAAGGGCCAAGCCGUUCUGUUGGAGGAGACUUCUCGAUGAGCCUGGAUCUGUGUGAAGAGGUGUAAGGAGGAUUUAAUAGGAUGUCAACUGAGGCAGAACUUCAAGUGGCUGUGAAAACCAGCGCCAAGAAGGAAUCAAAAAAGAAAGGCCAAGAUCGCAGUGAAGCUACUUUAAUAAAAAGGUUUAAAGGGGACGGUGUGCGGUACAAGGCGAAACUCAUCGGGAUUGACGAGGUUUCGGCCGCAAGAGGAGACAAGUUAUGCCAGGAUUCCAUGAUGAAGCUCAAGGGUGUUGCAGCGGGAGCUCGAUCAAAAGGCGAACACAAACAAAAAGUAUUUUUAACCGUUUCCUUUGGAGGAAUCAAGAUCUUUGAUGAGAAGACUGGAGUUCUCCACCAUCAUCAUGCCGUGCAUGAAAUCUCCUACAUAGCGAAGGACAUUACGGACCACCGGGCGUUCGGAUACGUGUGCGGGAAGGAGGGAAACCACCGAUUUGUGGCAAUAAAGACCGCCCAGGCGGCAGAGCCGGUCAUUUUGGAUUUACGAGAUUUAUUCCAGCUCAUCUAUGAACUGAAACAACGAGAGGAAAUGGAGAAGAAAGCACAAAAAGAUAAACAGUGUGAACAGGCCGUAUAUCAGACAAUUUUGGAAGAAGAUGUAGACGAUCCUGUUUACCAGUACAUAGUGUUUGAAGCGGGCCACGAGUCCAUACGUGAUCCAGACACAGAGGAAAGCAUAUACCAGGUUCCUACCAGCCAUAAGAAAGAAGGUGUCUAUGACGUGCCAAAAAGUCAGCCGAUAAGUGCUGUGACACAAUUAGCGCUAUUUGGGGAUAUGUCUACUCCGCCCGACGUAACGUCUCCCUCGACCCCGGCGACUCCAGGUGAUGCCUUUAUGAAAUAUCCCACCCAGCUCCACCCAGCCAUUGCUCCUAUGUUCGGACCCCUUUCUUACAAUCCCGUUGCUCUGCCAUCAGGCUACGUUGCGAUGGGAGCGGUCCAGCCUUCAUUCUGGGGACAACAACCAUUGAUGCCACCGCAGAUGGUUCUUGGCGGUCAGUCCCCAGUUGCUCAGGUCAUGCAGGGAAGCCAAACGAUAGCAUGGGCUCAACCGGGCCUCUACCCUCCUACUCAGCAACAGCCAUGGCCGACCCUUCCGGGCCAGUUUCCACCUACUGCCUUCAUGCCAACACAAACUGUAUUGCCUUUCCAAGCAGCCAUGUUUCAAGGUACUACUACCCCGGUAGCUGCCGUUCCACCAACCAGUGACUCAUUGCGAGCAGGUCCUCUACAGCCCGACCAGAAAGUAACGAAAGAGAUGUUUAAGGAUUUUCAGAUGGUAAACCCCCCUCCGGUGCCAUCGCGGCAGCCCGAUCAUCCGUCCCUCUCUUGUACCUCAGAGGCCUUCUCAAGCUACUUCGACAAAGUUGGGUUGGCUCAGGAUACAGACGAUUGUGAUGACUUUGAUAUCUCACAAUUAAACUUGACGCCUAUGACUUCCACUUCACCGUCCACUAAUUCACCUCCUACUCCGGCCCCAAGGCAGAGCUCCCCUUCAAAGUCCUCGGCAUCUCACACGAGCGAUCCCAACGCGGACGACAUCUUUGAAGAAGGCUUUGAAAGUCCCAGCAAAACUGUAGAAGAUGCUCCUGAUGCUUCUCAGGCGUUGGCCUCGGCUGAUGUAGGCGAGCCCAGUGGUGACUCUAUAAGCCCAGAGGUCGGCAGCUAGAGGGCACAGACUGGGGUCAGAUCAGAAGAUCCUAUCUACGCUCAGAUCACAAGACCUAAGAAAUAGCGUUACCGAGCUUGUGGCGCUCCAAGACUUGACCGGACAUACAGCUGGCUUCAGCAACUCAAUGGCGGCAUUCUUCAAUUGACCAUAACAAUGGGUUUCUACCUGCGUCCUGAAAGGAAGAAACAAAACCCUGGUGGACGGAGCACGAGGGGGAACGGGAGACACUCCGGCUCUAACACCAUUAACCCGAAAAGCUUCGCGAGGAACGUUGAUUCUAGACUCGAUCAUUAAGCUGAGUUUUUGUUUUUUUGUUUUUUUUCGGAAAGACAAAGUCUUUAGUAUUUUACUACUUUUUCCACAACUUUUUGUUUAUUUUUCUUUCUUUCUUUUUUCUUUUUCUUUUAUUUUUUAUAAACAAUUGUAAUGUAGCAAAAGUUACAGAGACUGACGUUUACACAAUCUUUAUUUGUUUGUUUUUUGGUCAAUAUUUUACUAGAGACUUUUUGAAAUUAUCCGGACGUUAUCACUUGGAAGUAAGUUUUCUUUAUUUCACAAGAAGUUGCCAGAAAAACAAAUGUUUUUCUUAUUUUAAUUUUUUUUUGUUUUUGUUUUGGAGGGGCGAGGGUUAGGGGAGGGGGUCACACUUUCCGAAGACUGGGUACUAUAAGGAAAUGAGUAUUGUUUUUACGAUAUGACCUCUUGGACUGGCGAGAGGAUAUUCGGGGGAUUGCACCGUUCUAGACCAGAUUCUAAGCACUGUACGGAGUAUCGGACACUAAAAACGAUUGUUAUUAGUAACAAAAAGAACUUUCUAGUAAAAAAAAAAACAAAAAAGGAGUUGGGAGGUAUUUUUCCUCCGCACUUUACCUUGCUGCUGUUCGGCUAUGCAGACAAGAAUUCUUCUACUCGUGCCAUUUUUGAAUAAAAUAAAAUUUUAAAAAAUUUAAAAAACUCAUUCAUUUGCCUGAAAACUCUGGAAUAAUUCCAAAUCUGGAUUUGGAUCAUAUCAGACUUUGUUCUGGAACUUUGGAGGCAUGAAUUUUUGUUAUAUAUAAAAAAAAAAAAGAAGAAAAAAAAUUCUGUCAUUAAACAACUCAUCUCUGUCUCUUUUGUACAUUAGGGAAAAAAAUAAUGAUUUUUAUUUUAUAAUCGUGACAUGAAAUUCUUGAAAAAUAUGGGGACAGGCUUUAAAUAAUUCACAAAGAAAAUGACAGGUUUUUGUAAAUAUAGGAAUUUUAUUUUUUAGUUUUUUUUUUAUUAUUAUUUGAAUUUUACACAUUGGCCGUUACAUUGUAGCAGAAAAACGUGUCAUAAACAGGGUUCAUAUCACAUCUUUCUUUUUUCCAAGUAAUUAUUCUGGUGAAAUCUAAUAAACUGAAUGGGGAUUCUUGUAUGAGCAUUUCUGUAUUAUUAGGCUAAAUAGAAUUACUUCUGAGACUUGUGAAAGUGUUCUAAGAAGCCCUGGAAGCCGAAAAUAACUCUGGCCUGAAAAAAAAAAAAACUAUUCUUAAAGUCGGCUAUUUAUCCAUGUAUCUGUCCUUCCUUGUUGAACUAAUGGUCUGCUGGGAUUGGGCAUUGAAAUUGUACCUGCCAUUAACAAAAACUUUUUAUAUAAUGUAGAUAAUACCAUUGUAAUAUAUAUUAUAUUUGUAAUAUACAUUGGUUAAAA